AUGCUAUAUGAGUUGAUUGGUAUUGUUCGUGUGAUGAACCCUGUUGUGGCGAAUAAAGAAGCAAAAGAAUUAGCAACUACUAUUGGAAAAUUAAUUAUUAAUAACAGAGGUGUUGUAAGAAAAAUAUCACCAAUGGGAACUAGCCCAUUACCAAAGAUUAUCAAAAAAGAUGAGGAACAACAUUUUCAAGGUUAUCAAUUUAUGAUGUUAUUUGAUGCUUCUGUUGGUGUUCAAUCUGAAAUUUUAAGAACACUAAAAAAUGAUCCCCGUGUUAUUAGAUCAUCAAUAAUUAAAGUAGAUACAACAAAAGAAUUAGAUGUUGCACCAUCAAUUGAUAGAGCAGCAGGGUAUAAAACGAUCCUAGAGAAGAGUAAUAUGAAAAUUCAAUGA